UUACUGAGAUUGUAUAAAAGAACAUGCUAAGAACCAGGGCUGCCAAUUCUAGGCUUUUCCAUAAAAUUAAACCAUGUAACUCAAAUGAUUCAAAUGGAUCCCACCCUAGAGCACUCCUAGAGCUGUUGUCUGUUUGCUGAAUCUUUUGAGUUGAGGGAGUGGGGGAGGAGCCACACAAAAUUUUCUCAUUUGGAAAAAAUGUUUAUUUUGGCACUCACCUGAGUGCCUGGCAGGGUGGGUCUGUCCUCUGUGGGGGGCAGGAGGGUGUCAGGAUGGUGGCCCUGCCCCAGGGGGGCAGCAGGGGAUGAAAACAAAGGGGUGUGUGACAGUAACAGGUCACAAAGGGCAGCAGAGGAUAAAUAUGGCUGCUCAGGGACUUAGGCCAAGACGGUGGUCACUUCUCUCGCUAGGACUGCACUUUGUAGACUGUCAGGAAGAUACAAAACUCAGAGGUGGCAGCGGGGGUUAGAGCCAGAAACCCUCUCCGAGUCCACCCUGCGUGUCUACACCAGCGAGGAGAUUCAGUCUGCAGUCCGGCCGCUCCGCUGCGUCCCCACGGCAACCAUCUGUGCCCCCGCCCCCAACCUCGGCCUCUGGGAGGCUCUGAGGCAAAAGGGGGGGCCUGUGGGGUGGGGUGGGGUGGAGAGACCUGCUGCAGAGCCAUCUUUGUGACCCAGGGGUCCCCUGCUCCCGCACCUGCCAACGAGGCCAACAGAGACCCUGGGGGCCAUGAACAGUGACUGCCUGUUGCCGUAUUACACGGCCAAGAGUGGCUCCGGGGUGGGCAUGUUCAACACCACCAUGGGGAAACUGCAGCGACAGCUGUACAAGGGAGAGUAUGACAUAUUCAAGUACGCACCGAUAUUUGAGAGCGACUUCAUCCAGAUCACCAAGAGGGGAGAAGUGAUCGACGUGCACAACCGCGUCCGGAUGGUGACCGUGGGCAUCGCGUGCACCAGCCCCAGCCUCCCGCUCCCUGACGUCAUGCUGCUGGCCCGGCCGGCCACCAGCUGCGAGGAGUACGGCGGGCACAGCCAGCCCGCCAAGGGGCGAAACCGCAAGGCUGCCAAGGCCUUGGAGCUCACCAGGCUCCUUCCCUUGAAGUUCGUAAGGAUCACCGUUCACGACCGUGAGAAACAGCAGCUGCGCCUAAAGUUUGCCACCGGCCGCUCUUGCUACCUGCAGCUGUGUCCGCCUCUGGAUGCGCGGAAAGACCUCUUUGCCUACUGGGAAAAACUCAUCUACCUCCUGCGGCCCCCCGUGGACAGCAACAGCAGCACCUACGCGGUCCCCGCGGAGGACAUGUGCAUGCCGGUGCUUGAGGAAGACCGGAUGAGCCUGGGAGCCUCGGACUUGCAAGGGAAGGGGGACCAGGACCAGGUCAGCAUCAGGAGCCUCCACAUGGCCUCUGAGGUGUGCGGGGCCACCUCUGCCGCUUAUGCUGGGGGAGAAGGGGUCCCACAUGACUCCCACAAACCCGUCGGGGUGCCCGAUGCAUCCAGCCCCAAAACAAAACCGACAGAUUUUGCCAAAGAGUCGGCGACAGGGGCAAGCACGGAGGUAGCAGUGGCUGGGGCCACCGGGGGCACUGCGGGUGCUUUCAGUUUGUCAGUGAGCAAGACUGGCGACGUGAGCACCAUCUCAGGAGGGGCCGUCCUAGGAGGAAGCAAGAGCAACAUAGCCAUCGCAGGCACUGCCAGCAAGUCGCCAAAGAGCAUUAAGGUGGCCGUGGCAGGGGCUACCAGCAAGGUCUCAGAGCACGUUUCCAGCGAGUCCAAGAACAUCUCCCCAGAGGAGGGCACCAUGAGUGUGGUGACUGCCGGGAUAGAACCUGCCAGCAAGACCGCUGGAGAAGAAGACAACAGUCCCGGGGAGGAGCUCCCCAUGGUGACCUUGCUGAGCGAGAGCAGCGUGAGCGAGCCCCACGGCAGGCGGCGCGCCCACGCCAGCGCCGAAGGCCGCAAGGAGCAGAGGGAGAGGAGGGGGAAGAGGGAGAAAAGGGACAAGGACAGAGCGCUCAGCGACAGGAGCACCCAUCACCGCAGGACGGGCGAGAGCCGCCGCAAGUCAAGCAGAGACAAGUUAGCCCGGAAGUCCUCCAGCCAGUCCUCAUCCAGCCACCACGCCAGCAGAGAAGACCGGAAGGAGAAACACCGCCGCAGCCCCGGGGGCAGCAGGACCCGCAGCUCGCACAAGGGCGCCAGCCACACCCUCCUCACCAAGGACUCCAGGACCUCUCACAAAUCCGGGAGGAGCAUGUCCACCACCAGUUCGGGUUCCAGCAAGAGACUCAGCAGGAUCGGCUCUUUCUUGAAGAACGUCAAAGCCAACCUGACGACGAAAGCAGUGGCCUCACAACGUGGCAGAGACGUGGACAUCACGGCGAAGACAGAGGAGAAGAACACCAUGGAGGCCAUCGUGGAGGCGGGGGAGAGUGGCCAGGACCUGAAGAUGGCUGGCUCUGUGAGUUCCGAGAUCAAGGAGACGGUGACCUUCAUAACCCAUUAAAUGGGACCUGGAAGCAGAAACCGCAGAGGGGCCCCGGGGCUCCGGGGAACAUCCCUGGAGAGCUGACUCCAGCUUUCUUUUACUGCAGUUUAAAUAAAGAACCAUACAUCUGAGCGUGGCUUGCUGCCUUCCAUCUGAAUGUCCACACCCCACUGCCCGGUAGUGACGUCACAGUGGAUUCUGUGACGUCGGCGGUGCUGCUGCCUGAGACCCCCAGGGCCACGCCCAUGCUCAGCAGAGACAAGAUGGGUGCCCCAUCCGGCCUCAACCCCUUCCCGGCUGAGAGUCACAGACGGUGGGCUGGGAAGAUCGACCUCCGCCAUCUCCCUAUCCUUUUCGUAAACCUUUCUUCCCCUGCAGGUCCAUAGACAAAGCAAGAACAGGACUCUCAUCUCCUUGGACUAGUGGGGGGGGGGAGGGGAGCAGCAGCAUUUGCUGGCAAUCAGAAGAGAGAGGACCACUGUCUAGACUUAGCAAUUCCACUCCUAGGGAACACACGUGCGUGUUCCAGGAGACAGCUCUGAGAAUGUUUAUGGCAAAAUAAUUUAAUAGCAAAACACCGAGAACAGCCCAAAUUUCCAUCAACAGAAGAAUUGAUAAGACAAUGGGAUAGGAAUAGAGAGGGAUAUUCAGUGGUGAAAAAUAAAUGGCAGAUACACCUAUUAACAAAGAUACAUUCUGCUUAUAAUGUUUUUAAAAAAGCAAAUCAUAGAAUAAGAUACAGUUCCACUUAUAGAACAGUUAAAGAACAAGAUCAAAUAAUAUAUUGCAUGUUUGGUAAAACAGACACAAGCAGGAACAGGGGAGCGGUAAACACAAAAUUCAGGACAAUGGUUUUCUCUUCCGUGGAAGAUGAGGACACAGAGGGUCAAGAAGGUAACUUGCCGUGUGUGAGGCAUGGGGAGGAGAAAAAGCGGACAAGUUCAAGGACACUGGUGCACCACGAGGACCUGAGACAUACCAGGGUCUUACCGCCAUGUUCCAGAGCUCUACGGACAUGAGUACCAAAAUCACGGGACUGAGAGGAAGGAGAGGUAGGGGCUGAGGAGACUCAACUCUUGAGAGACGGGGCGCCCCACACCUAGGUGGCUGCGGGGGACAAGGGGCAGAGUCGGGAGAUGUUGAAGAGAUAAAACAGGACAACCGUCCUUCCCAUGGCCCCAAAGACAAGGAGCUUAUGGUGUAGAGCUAACAAGAGUGGAGGCAUCGUCCCCUGAGGUGACCGAGGUCUGGAAAUCGAGGAGGAAGGUGUGAAGUCACAUGCUAAACUACAUUUCCUAGUCCUCUUGCAGUUAGGCAGGCCAUGUGACUAAGUUCUGGCCAAUGAAAUGGGGACAGAAGUGAUUUUUGCCACCUCUAGACUGGGCCCAUAAAGGCCUUGCAGAUGAUCCUCCAUUUCCCCUUUCUACAUCACAAUCUGGAUGACCCAGGGCACCAUGAAGACAUGUGAUGUAGAUGGGAGGAGCCUGGGUUCCUGAAUGACGACAUGGAGCAGAGCACCCUCCACCCCACCCUCUGCUACUUGCAUUGCACUAUGACUAGGAUGAAAUAAACCUUCACUGUGUUAAGCCA